CCGACAGGUGCGCGCCGCGCGCAGGAAUGCGGCCGGCCUGACUCACCAGCGCCUCCUUCCUACCUGCCGCCCGCCCCAUAAAGCCCCCGCCACCGCCCGCCGCCCGCGCUCCCGGCAGCCCGCCCUCCGGACAGUCCCGGCUCGCCCGCCCGCGCGCGCCUGCAGCCGGUGCCGCCGAGCGGAGCCCAGCACCCGGACGGCGCGAGGCCGCGCCAAGGAGGAAGAGGAUGGCAGGGCCGCAUCCCAGCCCGUGGACCAGGCUGCUGCUGGCAGCCCUGCUGAGUGUGAGCUUCCCUGGGGACAUGGCAAACCGCUGCAAGAAGGCCCAGGUAAAGAGCUGCACCGAGUGCAUCCGCGUGGACAAGGACUGCGCCUACUGCACCGACGAGAUGUUCAAGGAACGACGCUGCAACACCCAGGCAGAGCUGUUGGCCGCGGGCUGCCGGCUGGAGAGUGUGGUGGUCAUGGAGAGAAGCUUCGAGAUCACAGAGGCGACUCAGAUCGACACCACCCUGCGUCGCAGCCAGGUGUCUCCCCAGGCAAUGAGGGUCCGCCUGCGGCCCGGCGAGGAGCAGCUCUUUGAGUUGGAGGUGUUUGAGCCCCUGGAGAGCCCGGUGGACCUGUAUAUCCUCAUGGAUUUCUCCAACUCCAUGUCCGACGAUCUGGACAACCUCAAGAAGAUGGGGCAGAACCUGGCCCGGGUCCUGAGCCAGCUCACCAGUGACUACACUAUUGGAUUUGGCAAGUUUGUGGACAAAGUCAGCGUCCCUCAGACAGACAUGAGGCCUGAGAAGCUGAAGGAGCCCUGGCCCAACAGUGACCCCCCCUUCUCCUUCAAGAACGUCAUCAGCCUGACAGAGGAUGUGAAUGAGUUCCGGAGUAAGCUGCAGGGAGAGCGGAUCUCAGGCAACCUAGAUGCCCCUGAAGGAGGUUUCGAUGCCAUCCUGCAGACAGCCGUGUGCACGGGGGACAUCGGCUGGCGCCCCGACAGCACCCACCUGCUGGUGUUCUCCACCGAAUCGGCCUUCCACUACGAGGCUGACGGUGCCAACGUGCUGGCCGGCAUCAUGAGCCGCAAUGACGAAGAGUGCCACCUGGAUGCCACGGGCACCUACACCCAGUACAAGACACAGGACUACCCGUCAGUGCCCACCCUGGUGCGCCUGCUCGGCAAACACAACAUUAUCCCCAUCUUCGCCGUCACCAACUACUCCUACAGCUACUACGAGAAGCUGCACACAUAUUUCCCCGUCUCCUCACUGGGGGUGCUGCAGGAGGACUCAUCCAACAUCGUGGAGCUGCUGGAGGAGGCCUUCAAUCGCAUUCGCUCCAACCUGGACAUCCGGGCCCUGGAAAGCCCCCGAGGCCUGAAGACAGAGAUCACCUCCAAGGUUUUCCAGAAGACCAAGACUGGGUCCUUCCACAUUCGGCGGGGGGAAGUGGGCACAUACUAUGUGCAGCUGCGGGCCAUCGAGGACGUGGAUGGGACACACGUAUGCCAGCUACCACUAGAGGACCAGAAGGGCAACAUCCAUCUGAAGCCUUCCUUCUCUGAUGGCCUCAGGAUUGACGUGGGCGUCAUCUGUGAUGUCUGCUCCUGUGAGCUGCAAAAAGAGGUGCGAUCAGCUCACUGCAGCUUCAACGGAGACUUCAUGUGCGGACACUGCAUGUGCAAUGAGGGCUGGAGUGGCAAGACCUGUAACUGCUCCACCGGCUCGCUGAGCGACACACAGCCCUGCCUGCGGGAGGACGAGGACAAGCCGUGCUCGGGGCGAGGCGAGUGCCAGUGCGGGCGCUGUGUGUGCUAUGGGGAAGGCCGCUAUGAGGGUCAAUUCUGCGAGUACGACAACUUCCAGUGUCCCCGCACCUCUGGAUUCCUCUGCAACGACCGAGGACGCUGCUCCAUGGGCCAGUGUGUGUGUGAACCUGGCUGGACAGGCUCGAGCUGUGACUGUCCUCUCAGCAAUGCCACCUGCAUCGACAGCAAUGGGGGCAUCUGUAAUGGGCGUGGCCACUGUGAGUGUGGCCGCUGCCACUGCAACCAGCAGUCACUCUACACGGACACCAUCUGUGAGAUCAACUAUUCAGCGAUCCGCCUGGGCCUCUGUGAGGACCUGCGCUCCUGUGUGCAGUGCCAAGCCUGGGGUACUGGUGAGAAGAAGGGGCGCACAUGCGAGGAGUGCAGCUUCAAGGUCAAGAUGGUGGACAAGCUUAAGAAAGCGGAGGAGGUGGUGGAGUACUGCUCCUUCCGGGACGAGGAUGACGACUGCACCUACAGCUACACAGUGGAGGGCGAUGGCGCCCCCGGGCCCAACAGCACCGUUCUGGUGCACAGGAAGAAGGACUGCCCUCCCACCUCCUUCUGGUGGCUCAUCCCCCUGCUCAUUUUCCUCCUGCUGCUCCUGGCACUGCUGCUGCUGCUCUGCUGGAAGUACUGUGCCUGCUGCAAGGCCUGCCUGGCGCUUCUCCCUUGCUGCAACCGAGGUCACAUGGUGGGUUUCAAGGAAGACCACUACAUGCUGCGGGAGAACCUGAUGGCCUCAGACCACCUGGACACACCCAUGCUGCGCAGCGGGAACCUCAAGGGGCGUGACACAGUCCGCUGGAAGAUCACCAACAACGUGCAGCGGCCUGGCUUUGCCACCCAUGUGGCUAGCACCAACCCCACGGAGCUGGUGCCGUAUGGGCUGUCCCUGCGCCUCGCCCGCCUUUGUACCGAGAACCUGCUGAAGCCUGACACUCGAGAAUGUAACCAGCUCCGCCAGGAGGUGGAGGAGAAUCUGAACGAGGUGUGCAGACAGAUCACAGGCGCAUACAAGCUCCAGCAGACUAAGUUCCGGCAGCAGCCCAACGCCGGAAAAAAGCAGGACCAUACCAUUGUGGACACGGUGCUGAUGGCGCCCCGCUCAGCCAAGCAGACUCUGCUGAAGCUGACAGAGAAGCAUGUGGAGCAGGGGGCCUUCCAUGAGCUCAAGGUGGCCCCCGGCUACUACACCCUCACUGCAGACCAGGAUGCCCGGGGCAUGGUGGAGUUCCAGGAGGGUGUGGAGCUGGUGGACGUGCGGGUGCCCCUCUUCAUCCGGCCUGAGGACGACGAUGAGAAGCAGCUGCUGGUGGAGGCCAUUGAUGUGCCCGUGGGCACUGCCACCCUUGGCCGCCGCCUGGUAAACAUCACCAUCAUCAAGGAGCAAGCCAGCGGGAUAGUGUCCUUUGAGCAGCCCGAGUACUUGGUCAGCGGUGGGGAACAAGUAGCCCGCAUUCCCGUCGUCCGGCGCAUCUUGGACAAUGGCAAGUCCCAGGUCUCCUACCGCACGCAGGACAACACAGCACAGGGCAACCGGGACUACAUCCCUGUGGAGGGCGAGCUGCUGUUCCAGCCUGGGGAGACAUGGAAGGAGCUGCAGGUGAAGCUUCUGGAGCUGCAGGAGAUGGACUCCCUCUUGCGGGGCCGCCAGACCCGCCACUUCCACAUCCAACUCAGCAACCCCAAGUUUGGGGCUCGACUGGGCCAGCCCCACUCAGCAACUGUCAUCAUUGGGGACCCAGAUGAACUGGACCGAAACUUAAUAAGCCAGACAGUGUCCCCACCCCCCCGUGGUGACCUGGGUGCCCCACAAAACCCCAAUGCCAAGGCUGCUGGGUCGCGGAAGAUCCACUUCAACUGGUUGCCGCCUCCUGGCAAGCCGACAGGUUACAGGGUGAAGUACUGGAUCCAGGGUGACUCCGAGUUGGAAGCCCACCUGCUCGACAGCAAGGUGCCCUCGGUGGAGCUCACCAAUCUGUACCCGUAUUGCGACUACGAGAUGAAAGUGUGCGCCUAUGGAGCGCAGGGCGAGGGCCCCUACAGCUCCCUGGUGUCCUGCCGCACCCACCAGGAAGUACCCAGCGAGCCAGGGCGUCUGGCCUUCAACGUUGUCUCCUCCACGGUGACCCAGCUGAGCUGGGCUGAGCCGGCUGAGACCAAUGGCGAGAUCACAGCCUAUGAAGUCUGCUAUGGCCUGGUCAACGAGGACAACCGACCCAUCGGGCCCAUGAAGAAGGUGCUGGUGGACAGCCCGAAGAAGCGGACGCUGCUCAUUGAGAACCUGCGGGAGUCCCAGCCGUACCGCUACACCGUGAAGGCACGCAACGGGGCAGGCUGGGGGCCCGAGCGGGAGGCCAUCAUCAACCUGGCCACCCAGCCCAAGCGGCCCAUGUCCAUCCCCAUCAUCCCAGACAUCCCCAUUGUGGACGCCCAGAGUGGGGAAGACUAUGAAAGCUUCCUCAUGUACAGUGAUGACGUUCUACGCUCCCCGGCUGGCAGCCAGAGGCCCAGCGUCUCCGACGACACUGGUGAGUGGGCCUGGGAUCCCCGAGAGGAAGGUGAGGGUCCUGUCUCCAACACACACACACUUCCUGCCCCCUCACUCUUGUUUUGUCCUGCCCUAGGCCUCCCUCCCAUCUGGGAACACGGGAGGAGCAGGCUUCCGCUGUCCUGGGCCCUGGGGUCCCGGAGUCGGGCUCAGAUGAAGGGGUUCCCCCAUUCCAGGGACUCACGAGACUCUAUAAUCCUGGCUGGGCAGCCAGCAGCGCCCUCUUGGGGCCCAGGCUCCCGCUUGGCUGCGGGCGUGCCCAACACACCCACCCGCCUGGUGUUCUCAGCCCUGGGACCCACGUCUCUGAAAGUGAGCUGGCAGGAGCCGCAGUGUGACCAGGCGCUGCAGGGCUACAGCGUGGAGUACCAGCUGCUGAAUGGUGGCGAGCUGCAUCGUCUCAACAUCCCCAACCCCAGCCAGACCUCCGUGGUGGUGGAAGACCUUCUGCCCAACCAUUCGUACGUGUUCCGCGUGCGAGCCCAGAGCCAGGAAGGCUGGGGCCCAGAGCGUGAAGGUGUCAUCACCAUUGAGUCACAGGUGCACCCCCAGAGCCCACUCUGCCCCCUGCCAGGCUCCACCUUCACUUUGAGCACACCCAGUGCCCCAGGCCCACUGGUGUUCACUGCCCUGAGCCCAGACUCACUGCAGCUGAGCUGGGAGCGGCCACGGAGGCCCGACGGGGACAUCCUCGGUUACCUGGUGACCUGUGAGAUGGCCCACGGAGGAGAGCCAGCUACCACGUUCCUGGUGGAUGGCGACAGCCCUGAGAGCCGGCUGACCGUGCCAGGCCUCAGUGAGAACGUGCCCUACAAGUUCAAGGUGCAAGCCAAGACCACUCAAGGCUUCGGGCCAGAGCGUGAGGGUAUCAUCACCAUCGAGUCCCAGGACGGAGGCCCCUUCCCACAGCUGGGCAGCCACUCCGGGCUUUUCCAACACCCACUGCCAGGCGAGUACAGCAGUAUCACUACCACCCACACCAGCACCAUCGAACCCUUCCUGCUGGAUGGCUUGACCCUGGGGUCCCAGCAUCUGGAAGCAGGUGGCUCCCUCACCCGGCAUGUGACCCAGGAGUUUGUGAGCCGGACGCUGACCACCAGUGGAACACUCAGCACCCAGGUGGACCAACAAUUCUUCCAGACCUGAGCCCCCCACCCCAACCUAGCAGUGUCCUGGAACCUGGGCCCCUACGCUACCUCCCCUCCCUGGUGCUGCCUCAGCUACUCCAUCCUUGGACCCUUGCUGGCCCAGCCCACCUGCAUGCUGAUCACAGGACUAGCGCCUCUGGCCACAGAGUAGGUGCAGGUGUCCUUGGAGGCAUGAAGGGGGCAGAGGUCCCGGAAGGCUCUUCCAGCACCCCCCACUCCCCGGGCCCAAGCCCAUUUGUAACCAAAGAGCUGGGACCAGCAUGACAAGGACCCAACUUUGUUCUACACUUAAUAAAAGAUUUGCUACCGCU